CGGAGGCCUGGGGGAGCAGAGGACCCUGAGGACAGAUGGGUCUCCAUUGGCCUCCUCGGGGUGGGGAGUUGAGAGCUCGGAAGGCUGGAGGGGCAUGGACAGAUGAAAGGUCAAGGUGGGUCCAGAAGAGGGGUGAAGGGGCAGAGCCAGGGCAAUUAAGUGGGGAGUGGAUAGGCUGGGGGAGCUGUGCAGGGGAGAGACCAGCCUGAGGCAGAGGGCCCAGGGGGACAGGACCUGGGGUCCUGCUGGAGGCUGGAGGAUCGGGCUUCCAAGGGCUUCAAAAGGGAGUGCGAGUGUGGAAGAUGGGCUGAGACCGGGGGCUGUAGAAGCGUGGAGAGGCGGCAGAGGUGGGACCUGAGGGAGGAGGUCCAGGCUACUGAAGAGCUGGAGUCCUAAGACUCUAGAAACCGAGGUGCCGGAGGCUCGGAGUGGGGAAGGCUGUAGACGGAGCUCAGCCCCCCGGCCCCCUCCUGGGGCCCCCGUUCCUCCGCCCACAGCCUGGGGUCGGGUCCGGCCCCCCCCUCCUCCCGCGCGACCGGCCUGGCGCCGCAAUGACCGUCACGUACACAGCCCGCGUGGCGAACGCGCGCUUCGGCGGCUUCUCGAAGUUGUUGCUGCUGUGGCGCGGGAGCAUCUACAAACUUCUGUGGCGCGAGCUGCUCUGUUUCCUCGGGCUCUACAUGGCGCUGAGUGCCGCCUAUCGCUUCGUGCUGACUGAAGAGCAGAAGCGCUACUUCGAGAAGCUCGUCAUUUACUGUGACCAGUAUGCCAGUCUCAUCCCGGUCUCUUUCGUGCUGGGUUUCUAUGUGACGCUGGUGGUGCACCGCUGGUGGAACCAGUACCUAUGCAUGCCGCUGCCCGACGCGCUCAUGUGCGUGGUGGCAGGCACAGUGCACGGCCGCGACGAGCGAGGCCGCCUCUACCGGCGCACGCUCAUGCGCUACGCCGGGCUCUCAGCCGUGCUUAUCCUGCGCUCGGUCAGCACCGCGGUCUUCAAGCGCUUCCCCACCAUAGACCACGUGGUGGAGGCGGGGUUUAUGACCCGCGAGGAGCGCAAGAAGUUCGAGAACUUGAACUCGUCCUACAACAAGUACUGGGUGCCCUGCGUCUGGUUCUCCAACCUGGCUGCGCAGGCCCGGCGCGAGGGCCGCAUCCGCGACAACAGCGCCCUUAAACUGCUGCUGGAGGAGCUGACUGUGUUUCGGGGCAAGUGUGGGAUGCUCUUUCACUACGACUGGAUCAGCGUACCCCUUGUCUAUACCCAGGUGGUGACCAUCGCUGUGUACAGCUACUUCCUGGCCUGCCUCAUCGGUCGCCAGUUCCUGGACCCGGCUCAGGGCUACCAGGGUCACAACCUGGACCUGUGCGUCCCCAUCUUCACCCUGCUACAGUUCUUCUUCUAUGCCGGCUGGCUCAAGGUAGCCGAGCAGCUCAUCAAUCCUUUCGGUGAGGACGACGAUGACUUUGAGACCAACUUUCUGAUCGACCGCAACUUCCAGGUGUCAAUGCUGGCCGUGGACGAGAUGUACGACGACCUGGCCAUGCUGGAGAAGGAUUUGUACUGGGACGCAGCCGAGGCUCGAGCCCCCUAUACUGCAGCCACCGCGUUCCUGCUGCAACAGCCCUCCUUCCAGGGCUCCACCUUUGAUAUCACGCUGGCCAAAGAGGACAUGCAGUUCCAAAGGCUGGACGGCGUGGACGCGCCGCUGGGCGAGGCGCAUGGUGACUUUUUGCAGCGCCUCCUGCCGGUAGGUGCGGGCAUGGCCGCAGGAGGCCUGCUGGGCCGGCGCCUGUCCUUGCUGCGCCGCAAGAACAGCUGCGUGUCGGAAACGUCCACGGCCGCCAGCUGCGCGUGCGCAGGCGCCCCCGACGGCGCGGCCCCGGAAUGCGGUUGCGGGGACCCGCUGCUCGACACCGGCUUGCGGGAGCCGGAGUCGGAGGUCCCCCCUGGCCCGGAACUGCCCAUCCCCGGGCCCGCCGAGCCCUUCACCACUGUGCCUAUGCCGGCGCCCCGGGGACCGGCUCCACCCUGGCUGCCCAGCCCCAUUGGCGAGGAGGAGGAGAGUCUAGCCUGAGAUCCGCAGGCACUGGAUCCCCAAGGACAGGGACACGAACCCCGACAGGGCACGCAGGCAGCAGUCUGGGUCUGGGUAAGCCACAUGUGGACUCCACCUAUCCGACUUUGACGGGUUCCCGCUUCCUGUGCGCCAGUCUUCACCUCUGACCCUAGGUUUUGGAAUGCCUCGUGUGGGCCAGGCACUGGGCCAGCUUAUUUGAACAGUUCAUCCUUCCCCCCAGUUCUGCUUCCCUCCCUCCCCUGCCUGAGAGGCCUCGAUCAGCCUGCCCUGCCUUUAUUCUUUCCUUAAAAUGGAGAUGUGAGUGCCUACCUCAUUGAGUUAUGGGGAUGAAAUGAAAUGAUGGCUUCAAAGUGUUGGUGCAUAAUAGGUGCUCAAUAAAAUGUUAGUGGUUUUGACC